CAGCAGCCCCUGCCCCCCCAAACACCUCCACUGAGGUCCCUCAACAUCUUCAUGCACCGCAGAUCCUGGUGACUUUUUGGGCAACUUGUUGGAAAGGGUUCUCCUGCAGCUGGAUGGAUUGGAUCGUUUGAAGCACCCAUGGACUCACAUUGGCAAUUCAACUCGGAGAAAGGGAGCUGAAAAGAAUACCCAGAAAACUUUUUUUUUACUGCCUGCUUUGAAACCCACUCUUGUUAGACAUGGCUGGAUGGGGGGUGAUGUGUCUCCUGCUUCUAGGAUCCAUGCUUGGGGUAUCAGUGGGCAGCAGGCUCAUCUGUUGGCAAGCAAUGAUGCAGUGUCAAGGAGAGCACGAGUGCAGAUAUGCCUACAGCCAGUACAUAGAGGCGUGCUCAUCGGUGCUGCCCAGGCAAGGAGAGGCCGUUUCUUUGAGCCGCGGAUCGAGCCGGCGCCGCUGCCCCAGCCACUGCAUUGCUGCCCUUGUUCAGCUCAAUCACACCAGGAGCGGGCCUGCGCUGGAGGACUGCGAUUGCGCCAUGGACGAGGUAUGCUCAGCCACUAAGCGGGCUAUCGAGCCAUGCAUGCCCAGGACUACCAGCAGCAGCAUGGACGGGGGAGGUGCAGGAGGUGGCACUGCGGCCGGGGGAGUGGGGGUUGGAGGUGGCGGGAGCAGCGCUGGAGGCGGGGCGGUCAUGGGCUGCAUGGAAGCCCGGAGACUGUGCCAGGAUGACCGGCGCUGCAGCACCUCUCUAAACCGCUACCUGCGCCACUGCGGGCGGCUCUUCAACGGGGUGCGCUGCACCGAGGAGUGCAAGGAGGUCAUAGAGGACAUGAUGCUCAUGCCCAAGGCUCUGCUGCUCAAUGACUGUGUGUGUGACGGCCACGAGAGGCCCAUCUGCGAGUCCAUCAAGGAGAACAUGGCCAGGCUGUGCUUUGGGGCAGAUGGCAGCUUGGGGGGACCCGGGAGCAGUGGGGGUUCAGAGGAUGACUAUGAUGAUUAUGAGGAGGAGGAACACGGGGGCAACACUGGGGAUGGAUCUUACGAUGAGGACCACGAAGGCAAGCAGAUAGUGCCAGACUACCCUGACAACGGGGCUCUCACUUCUGUCGCUGGUCCAUGGACGCUCCUGACAUCCAUUGUACUGAUGCUAAUUUGUCUAUAGUGGCCAUAGUUGAGGACGUCCUGUGUGCUGGGCUGUCAUGGCUGGUGUAAAUGUGCCAACUUUUGGCAUCUGGCUGCUAUCAGAUGCGUGCCCCAGGCUGAGAUCGAUGUACAACAGACAGGUCCAACAUUGUGUCAUCUUUCUAAAGCUGUGCCUUAAAUGAGUGACGGGAGAACUAGCUGUAAAACUACAACUCUCAUCACUCCAGCCGGCUUGUGGCAUACAGUAACGUGGGUUUCUGACCAACAGCAGCUGAAGGGCUACAGGCUCCCAGUCUCUGGGCCAUUGAGAGCUUUUGCUGCUCUGUCCUUUGCCUAUAUUGCUUGUUGCUGCUGCCUGCAUCAGCAUCCCCCUCUAAAUGAGGUUACAAGAGGGUAAGUGAGCUCGGGGGCAAUAUGUAAGAAUAGAUUACUAUGCAGUACCCUCCAUCCUUCAGCGAUCACUUCAUCCACCAGAAAUGCCUUUAUGUGCACAAAGUACUAGCACACCUAGGUGAGCUCUUUGCUGCUAAUUUGACGGGGGACUGAUGAUCCAUGAGAACUU